AAUACAUUCUACUUGUUGUUUCCAAGUUUCUUAUUCAUAUUACAUUAUGGCCAGCCUUAGUAGAAGUUGGUAGCUGCACCUCUUUGCUAUCGUGAUGAUACCGGUAGCUGUCAGCACAGAUAUAACCAUUUCUUAGACUAUUGAAUUCCAACUCUGAGCUCCUCCUACUCUAAAACUAUUGUGUGGACGGUCUCUCCUCCCUUCGGAGGUAUUACCAGCUAUUCUGUAGGAGCAGAAAUGACGAGCAAGUAGUGCCACAACAAUACAAAAUGUGACUUGUCGUAUGAUGGUCGGUCCACCUGACUUGGUGUGCGCCUUGUAAUGAGCAACCUUUGUUAUAUCAUAGCAUAGUCGCCUAUGAGGGCAUCUAUCAUGGCGGUGGCAUCAACGAAGAAAAAGAGAGUCUUUGUUGACAGGGUAACAUGUGGAAUAAAGGUGAAACAGAUUGCUUUUAUGGGGAUUAUAUGUACAAUUAUGUUUUUAAUUGUGUAUAGGACCACUAACUAUCAGUAUCAACAGACAGAGAUGGAGUCGAAAUCGGAUCCAUUUUAUUCUUCAAAGGAUUCUGAUGUAGAUAUUACACGUUUGAACAGUUUGCCUCGUGGUAUUAUCCAAGCAAGUUCGGAUCUAGAGUUAAAGCCUCUAUGGUCUACAAGUAAUUCAAAGUCCAAGGGUAGUGUUUCUAGUUCUCGUAACCUGUUGGCAAUGGCAGUUGGUAUUAAACAAAAGAAAAAUGUUGAUACUCUUGUCCAAAAGUUUCUUUCAGAGAAUUUUACAAUCAUCUUGUUUCACUAUGAUGGACAUGUUGAUGGCUGGUGGGACCUCCAAUGGAGUAAAGAAGCCGUUCAUAUUGCUGCAAACAACCAAACUAAAUGGUGGUUUGCAAAGCGGUUCUUACAUCCUGCUGCUGUUUCCAUAUACGAUUACAUUUUCCUUUGGGAUGAAGAUUUGGGCGUGAAGAAUUUCCAUCCUGGAAGGUACCUUGAAAUCGUGAAAUCAGAAGGACUUGAGAUUUCCCAGCCAGCUUUGGACCGGAACUCAACUGAAAUACAUCAUAGAAUCACAAUAAGAAGAAAGAGAAAAAGGUUCCACAGACGAGUGUAUGAUAGCAGAGGUAGUACAAAAUGCUCAGGUGAAAGCGAAGGUCCUCCAUGCAGUGGAUUUGUGGAAGGGAUGGCUCCAGUCUUUUCAAUAGCCGCUUGGGUGUGUGCUUGGCAUCUUAUACAGAAUGAUCUUGUUCAUGGAUGGGGAAUGGACAUGAAACUUGGUUAUUGUGCACAGGGGGACCGAACCAAAAAAGUCGGAGUAGUUGAUAGUGAAUAUAUUGUCCACCAGAGCAUUCAAACAUUAGGAGGGCCAUCUCUGAAGAAGCGUUCAGAUCUUGAAGAGUCUACAAAGAGACACGUUGUUGACGUGCGAUCUGAGAUUCGACGACAGUCGAUGUAUGAGCUACAAAUAUUUAAGGAUCGGUGGGAACGAGCUGUAGAGGAAGACAAGAACUGGGUGGAUCCAGUUGAAGCGAUCAGCCGAAGACGUAAACGACAACGCAAACAAAUACCGAAAUUACAGGUUAAGCUAAGAUAACGUUUUACUGAUAAUCAUAGAUGCAUACAAUGUCUUGAUCAAAGACUAUAAUACGAGGCUAUACACUGAACCCGAGUGUAUGUCAAUACUUUUCGCCGUGUCAUUUCCGACUCCCACGAACACGCAGUUGCAAGGGAACUAGUAAAUUGUUACCGUAUAGGCCUAUUGAAUUUCCAUAAUUAGUUCAUUGUUUUGGUGGUUGUGGCAACUCCGUUUUGCCUGAACGAUUGCAGGCGAUGUUCGUUA